GGGAUUUUGCGGGCCGGUGUAGAAUCCUUUUUGAAUGUUUUGUUUUUUGGAAAAUCCCUCCAUGUUUACAUAUUUUUGCUAUGACAUGACGGACUUUUUCUGUUGACAUUUUGGUAUUUUAUUUGAUUCCAAUUUGAGACUUUAUCAUUGUAUAUUGUUAUUCUUUCUAUAUUUUGUACUUAUAUUGAAGUUUUUGUGUUUGCUUCUGAACUGUACAUAUGUUGUUUAAAUUUGAUAUAAUAUGGCUACCGCCACAUUUUUGGACUGAUGCAGUGGCCGCUGGACUUAGCGUCACUUAUUUGUUACUGUGUAUGAUACUCUGCGGAGUAACUGAACCCUGGAAGAAGCACUAUUUCCAGACGCUUUCUCCUAGAAUUUUGUCCUUUUUUGAAUUGGUUGGGACCCGGGACUGGGAAAAGCGUACAGGAGUGCCUCUAUUGGAACCAAUUGGGACGGCCACUGUAGAAAUACAUUUACACUCACUACAGAAUCAGUCGUUCUACCCAAACUUGUCUCGGAAGCAUCGGUUUACAAAACCCUAGACCCUAAGAUAUAUUAGUAGGAGCUCCACUCUCUUACGAUGUCAGUAGAUAAUGAUUUUAAAUUUUUAAAUGAUCUGCACAUACAACUGAAGCCUGGUUGGACUAAAAAGGGAAUAGUUGAAUUCCUAAAAGAAGCAGAGAAACGCGAGAUUUUAUACACAAGAGCUCGUAGAGAUGAUAUGGAAAAAGCAGUUGCUCAGUUUAGAAGUUCUGCUUUGAAUUUCAUUUCCAGUCUACCAACUGAGAUACGAAGUAAACCUUAUUUUGACUGUAUUAAUCAAUGUAAUGGGGACGCAGGAGUGAAUUUACUCGAUCAGUUGGUGUCCGAAGUUAAGAAACGUAGUCGACAAGAAUGGGAAGAUUCCGUAAAAACCCGUACUGGAAAGAGACUAUGUAGAGGACAGACUGCCAGUAAUUGUCGAAGUGCAAACACAUCCCGAGCAUCCACUAAUCCACAGUUGUCACAAUGGCCAUCUAUGCCAUCUAUUUCGGAAGAUGUAGAGUUGACAAAUAUUGCUGCUGCCGAUCAAGUCCCAACUUUAAAUGCUUCUCAGAUUAAAGGUGUUAGUGGAAAACGAUUACCAAUGGCUUCUACACCAAAAGUAACUGAAAUUAAAGGAUUCAUUCCUCCAUCUGCUACUUGUCGAGUAACUCGAUCACGUGCAAUCAAUCAUCAAAGUUCAGAUACACGUAAAAUGAAUACAACUCGUGUAAAUAACAGUAAUAUGAGUUAUUCUGCAACAAAUACUUUAACCAUUAUGGAUAAGACUUUACGACCUAAGUCUACACAAAAAAUUUCCAAAGAAACGAGAGUGAGAUUUAUUUUUUUAUUUUUAUCAGUUUGUAGUAAAUGUUCACAUAAUUGUUUUAAAUAUGUGCCCGUAAAUAAUAAACCAUAUUUAUGUCUUUCUAACCAUGAAAUUUAUUUCAUGUGUGCAUUUAACUGGUUGUAG